AUGAGAAAGGCUUCCACUAUGCAGUGCACAGUACUUGUGCGCUUGUGGGUUCCCUUGUUGCUUGCUGUCACCUUUUGUUAUGCUGAAUUUGGCGUGGCAACAACAAAUGUUUCUGGGAAUGAAGUGAAGACAGAUGGGAAGGUUUUAAAAGAAGAGUUGGCAAAGACAAGGGAAGAAGUUGAUGAUGAGAAAGAAGCAAAAUUGAAAGGAAUUAACCAUCCCAAACCAACAUUGAAGAAGCCAUAUUUGAAGAAACCGAUUCCAUUAUUUGAUAAGAAGCCAUUUUCUAAACCAUUGCAUAUCCCCAAAAAUAAAAAACGUUUCUCCCAUCAAGUGACUUCCGUUGUUGAGUCAGAGUCCUCAUUGAUGGGUCGCGUCCCUCCUUACGAUCUUCAUUGGAACCGAGAUUUUCCACAUUUCCCACCAAAUCGACGUGUCCCACCCCCCGCCCCCGUUAAACGCCUCUGCUUCCGCCUCUUCUGCAUCCCGUGCCCGCACCACUUCAACUGCUGCCGUUUCCGCCGCAGCCCCUGCAAUGCCACCCCAUCUCGACAAGACUCCUCCUACCUUCCCUAAAUUUUCUCAUGCUUUGACGAAGCACUCAUUUACUAGUAUAACUAAGUGUGUUCUCGACCAUUUUGUGUCAAGUCAAAAAUAGAUCAUGCCUCUUCUAUCUAAAUCUUUCUAAGAAAUCUCCUUUCUCAAAUAUCCUCUU